AUGCUUUCAAAUCUAAUUAAACAGAACAAAAAAAAUUCAUUUCAAGCUUCACUAGUGACGUUGAAGUUGGAAUCGACAUCAAAAGUCAAGCCAUCUAGAAAAGAGUUUUCAUUUGGCCCCCCAUUAGACCCCAUCUAUGAGCAUAAAUACAUUUUCCCCCUUCUCAGAUCUUUACAACAAAUGUGUUAUAAAUUUAUGGUAACAUGUGUUCGCCUGCAGAAGAAAGAAUAA